CUUUCAUUGUGAGUCUUACCGGUAUAUCUUCCCAUGGGUUGAAGUGAUUACUGUGCUUUUGUCUUUUGGAUUGUUUGGUUGGACUUUGUCAUAAAAUACACUGCAGCUGUGGUGUUGUUCAAGGACUGCAGUGUGCUUUUCAGCUACCAACUCCUCAGCAGCUCCGGCACACAGCACCCGCCUCAAGGAGAAAAACUCUGCUGCUGACAGUUUAACAGGCAGAUAAUACACAGCCGGGCCCAGUAAUGACCACCUGAACACGACGUGCACUCAAGGACGCCUCAUGAAGCAGGCAUUGCAGCAGGACUAGGAUGACUGGGAAGACCCAGACCAGCAACGUGACCAACAAGAAUGAUCCGCGCUCCCUCAACUCCAGAGUCUUCAUCGGCAACCUCAACACCGCCGUGGUAACCAAGGGUGACAUCGAGGCCAUCUUUGCCAAAUACGGCAAGAUUGUUGGCUGUUCGGUGCACAAGGGCUACGCCUUUGUCCAGUACGCCAGUGAGAGGAACGCCAGGGCUGCUGUGGCCGGGGAGAACACCAGGGUCAUCGCUGGACAGUCACUAGAUAUCAACAUGGCAGGAGAGCCUAAACCAUACAGGCCUAAGAUGGGCUCCAAGAGGCCUCUCUCAUCCCUCUACAGUGGCUACGAGUUUGACUACGACUACUAUAGGGAUGAUUUCUACAGCAGACUCUUUGAGUAUCAUGGUCGUGUUGUGCCUCCGACCCGAGCUGUGAUCCCCAUUAAACGCUCACGGCUAGUUGUCCCAUAACGCAGAGCCAAAUCCUCUUUUCCGGUCAGGGCCUGUUCUUCCUCCUCCUCAUCAUCAUCUUCCUCCUCAAGAGUUUUGAAUGUCGGCUCCUCCAUAACAGCCCCUAAACUGAAGACAGACCAGCUCCUAACCAUCAAAAAGGAGCUGUCACAGAUCAAGACCAAGAUCGACUCACUGCUGGGAAGGCUGGAGAAGAUUGAGAGGCAACAUCGCUCUGACGCUGAGAUGCAGAGGAAACAAGUGGAGGUGUGUGCACGUCUCCAUGGCAACGCAGUGGACCACUCCGGUGAAGAGGAAGCGGAGGGGACAGCCGAAGUAGAGGCGGGGGAGAUGACGGAUGGUGGCGAAGACGACUUUGAAGACGAAGGCACCAGUGAUAUGAUAGAGAACCAUAUAUCAGACAUUGACAACUGAGAGAAUUUGGGACCUACAGUAUGAGAAGUUGGGAGAACAGAUACCAGCAAUACCUUCUUCAUCAAGAGGGUGUAUUUGAAAUUUAAUGAAAGCUACGACGGGCAGUGACUGGCAGCUGAAGAAGAGUUUUUCAGACUAUCAGUUUGUUGCUUGUUUGCGUCAUUAAACCAUGACACUCCUUUAUUAAAUGCUGGUUAUGAAUAUUCUCCAGACUACUGCAAGACCAACUGAAAAGAGCAAUCAGUAACCCCCCUUUAAAGUGAUUGCCUCUCUGAAAAAUAAAGGACAAUGUAUUGUGUGCUUAAUAUAAUUAUAAAGUGGUCUAUAUUGUGCAUAAAAACAGGUAUGUGAUCAGUCAGAUGAACCAUGAACUUUUUGUUGCACCGCAAAUGUUUAUUUGUUCUGUUUCUGUGAUAACUGUGACGAGCCGUGAUGCCGGCAGAGAGCUAAAUCCGAAUGUAAGAGGAACACCUUUUAUUUCACACUGGAUAAUUCUGUGAUUUUUUUUGCUUGAUUUGGCUGAAAUGUACAUUAUGUUGUUUCAUUACAUUGCCUCCAUACAGUACCGUAAGCAUAUUAUUUGUUAAACAUGAUAAGAUAUGCAUCUUUGAAUUCUGUUUGCAGUCAAGUAAAGAGGACUAUUUUUUACUGUCAGCAUGUUUAAAAUGUGGCUGUUCUGGAUCAUUUGUAUUGAUUGCAUCAGUUGUGCAGCUAUGGAUGAUAUCAGUUUUUGAAAUAAACCUGUUCCUCCCCCCCAAAAAAUAACAAAACAACAAACCCCA